AUGGGUAGUUUACCGAACUUGAGCGAUCUCUCGUCAGAAAAGCUGGAGCGGAGGCUUGAGGAGCGCGAACGGAUGCUGGCGCGCGAACGUAUAAUCGAGCGUGACUUUGGCCGCGAGAAGGACUCCGUACGAACGCUGGAGCGGCCCGUGUUCAUCCAUAAGCAGCAGAUUGCGGCUGCGAAGACCUUUUUCCAGCAGAAAUGUCCUCCUGGGGCGCGCAAGGUGAUGCGGACGCGCAGCUCCGGCCAAGCUCAUCACAUAUGGGACGAUCCCAUCAUAGACCAAUAUCUCAGCAACUACUCGCCGGCGUCGAACCGCAGCCACCGUAUCUCGGUGGGACCGACCGUCACGACCGCGUUCCCGUUCCAGUCGUCGUCCCUCGGUAAUCGACGCCGGGACUCGGUCAACAGUUCGAUCGGCGCAACGUCCGUGCGCAAGUUGCUGACGGUGCAGAACCGCAGCUACGGUUGCCGCCACAAGGUUCCCACGCAUGUCCGGUCGAAGGUGACCAAGAGCUUCGUGCUGGUGGCCUUGGCACACGGUUUCAUGUGCGCUGCGCUGGUGCCCCUGGUAGUGCUCCAGGGCUCAAACUCGACCUGGUUCCAGCAGGAAUCGUGGCUCGCCGCUGGCCCUGACGUAGGGUCCGGAUUGCUCAGUCUGUGCUUCGCGGUGACCGCCGCGAUGAGCUUGGCCACCACGCGGCUAGUGCAACGUUUUGGCUAUUCCAUCGUCCUGGCGGCCAGCUACGGUGGACUGUGCCUGUUCUUGGCCGCCCAUCUGUACCCCGUGAUCCUGUCGCUCGUGCCCGGUUAUUUGCUGCUAGGGGCUCUACUCGGUCCAACCGUCGUCUGCAAGCAGUCGCUGUUGGUUUCGAUGGCGGGAAAACUGAGCUGCUCGCAGCCUGAAUGCGGGGGAACCAGUACGGCCGGUGUCGGGGCGGAUAGCUACGACGACCAUCGAUUACUGUGCAGCCGGGACGAGCAAGUGCGACGCCUUGGUCGCUGGUUUCGAGCGGCCGGUGACUUUGGCAUCAUCCUCGGCACGAUUAUGGCCGCAUUCGUGCUCACGUGUGCGGCAGGUUCGAACCGCAUCGGGUGUUACUACGUAUCGAGACUCGGGGCAUCGGUGGACGUUAACGGGCCACUGGCGAUGGGAGGAACUGCGAACGGAACCUUAUCACCGAACACCUCACAGUCGCAGGGAGAACUAGCUCUCGGUCCGAACUUGCCACCGGAGCGCGACAUACUCAUGUCACUGCCGGACGAUCCGGACCCAUCGUCGCCACCGCCGCCACCUCAGGCGCUCGAAGUGCUAGAGGUGGUGUCCGCGAAGCCAACCAAGGCCUCUCCGCCAAAGAUUGGCACUCCUUCCAUGCCGACGUUGCGGGAAACGAUGUACUAUCUGUACAACAUUCGACUGCCCGAGCCGGCCCCGGCAGAAGGAGACGGGUCCGCCGCAUCCGCUAGCCCAUCGCCCGGUGGAGCCGACGGUGACCUGGACUCGAGGGGACUUUACCUGGAUCGCUUCCCGUACAGCACGUUCCAGACGAACGAAAAUGGAGAGCGGAUCUGUGGCUCGCAGCUGUGCCCGGUGUGGGACCGGAACAUACCGGUGAACAGUUCGGGGAUCGGGAAUGAUACCAAAUCGCGGGGCUACACGGGCGCCACUCCCCUGAUGUGCGUGUAUCUGGUGUUUGGCGUGCUGGCUUUCACGGUGACCGCGUUCACGACGGACCUUGAGUUCAACGUGAAGUUUGACUCGAUCCGCCGGAUGUCCGACACGCUGCUGUUUGCCGGACCCCUGGCAUACUUUGUCGGAACGGAGCAGGCGUACAUGAUGGCGGACUUUAUGAAAGCAUUCGUCGCGUGUGAGCUGGGUCCGAAUAGUGUGGCCGGGGCGAUGAUCGGAAUGGGUGUGAUGCAGCUGAUAGCGGCCUGUACCCUGAGCAUGCUUCUCCGGCACAGCAAACGCGUCAUAGUGAUAGUGGCCGGUUUUAUGUUUCACGCCUGCCUGCUGUUGGUGUUGCUGCGCUGGAAACCGUCGCGGGACGACAGUGCCGUCCUGUACGUCAUUCCUGCUGCCUGGGGUGUCUGCAAUGCCGUCUGGGAGACGCUUCUGUUCGCGCUGGCCACGUCGACGCACCCGAACAGGUUCGCCGAGGCUACGAGCCCGCUACAAGCGCUAAGGUUUCUCGGACUGGCCAUCACGUUCGCCGGACACGGGCUGCUCUGUGAGGGGCCGAAAAUCAUCAUCCUCGCCAUCCUGCUGGUGAUUGCGGUCGUGCCGUACACGAUGUUGGAGCUGAAGCUGGAAAACCAACGGAAGGCGAUCAAGCUGAGCUUGUGA